AUGGCGUCGCUCCUUCAAAAGGCAAAGGCUCUGGUGACGGAUCCAACUCCGAUGGAAGUGGGGCACCAUGUGGCCAAUCCUCGAGUUCCGCUGCGGAAUUGGAGGGUGGUUCUCGACAAGAUUGGCAUCCUCCUGACUUUGGCGGCGCUCCAAGACGCCACCGCCGAGGCCUGGUGUUUGGACUUGGCCUCGCCGCGCUCGGGGGCGGCGGUCAAUGGAGACCAUGGAGGACUACUAUGCCGAGGCGAUCCUCACCGCCAAUCCUUUGCGGCCUCUGCAGAGCAAGAACCCUCCGACUACAUCGGCAAGUGCAUGCAUCCACCCGAAGGCAAGCUUGAAGGGUGGUGGAAACGGCUCGACCUCAUACCUCGUAUGCCGAGCGUGCCAUUCCAGGUGGGCCCAUACAGAAAGGGCAGCGGACAUCCGCAAGAUGCUCAAAGACGGCCCCUUGAGCACAACCACCCAGCCGGACAAGAAGGGGGUCACUACACCCGGGACACCGACACGGGCAUCGCAAGCCGCUCUGAGGACUCCGAUGAGAAGCGAGGGCCGGAUCAGCGAAAGCCUGGUGACACCACCGAUGUCGUGCAGAUCAUGAUGCAGCAAAUGAGGAACGAGCAAGCCGCCAACACCAUCCACCUGUCGCAGUUGACGGCGGCUCAAAUGCAGCAGAUGGUGGAGGAGAUCAAGAGGUCCAACGUGGCAAGUCGAGAGCAAGACAUUCGCCAGGAGAAGCUCACGCAGAUGAUCCUGCAAGCCCAGGCCAAGCCGGAGGCGGCCCACGACCCAAGGGCCAGUUCGAGGCGCUCUCCACCUCCCAAGGCCCGAAUGACCUGUCAGUGCGGCAAACCAGCCGAGGCCUUGGUUGUGAAAAAGGAGGGCCCGCGGAAGGGCCGGAUGUUUUGGAAGUGCGAGCAACGAAGGUGCGAUCUCUUUGCAUGGAUCCCGGAGGAGGACCAGGCGGACAUCGAGGAUGCGAAGACCGCGGCUUCAUCCUUGAACCCAAGGCGGUCCAAGAGUCCGAAGAGGGAGGCCCCUGCGGCGGCGCUGGCAGUGGCUUCAUCAGUACCAUGUCAGAGCUGGUCACGGGUUUCCAUCCAGAGCAGCAAGGACGGCGAGGAGAAGGGCGAAUGGGCAGAGACGCAGAAUGACAUCCUAAAGGAGGCUUCCGAGAUCUAUGUCCAGGUGCGCUCAACGAGGCGAUCCAGGUUCCAGGACGAGCGGGAAGAUGGCAAAGUCACUCAGCUGAGCAAGAAGAACCGCCAGAUGUUGAGCCAUGCCAUGAAGAAGGCGGAGAACAAGUUCAAGGCCAUCAACCGGGGUCGAAUGCCGAUGGAGAGGAAGGUGCACCUUCUAAGGACUGGCAAAGAACAUCUACAACUAGCCAUCGCGGUGCUGAAGUGGCAGCUGAAACGAGGAGGCGCGAUAUUGUUCGAGCACCCUGAUGGAGCAUCCUCGUGGCAAGACCCCGAAAUGCAGAAGCUGGCCGCCCAUGCUGACGUCAAGACGGUGACAUGUGACCAAUGCAUGUUCGGGUUGAACGUAGAUGGAACCGGACUGAAUCGGAAGAGAACCCGUUGGUUGUCCAACAUGCCACCGGUUCUCAAGGCUUUAGAGGUGCGGUGCGACCACAGCCACUUCCACACGCCGCUGAUGGGCGGCGAGCCAAGAAGAGCCCAGGUCUACCCCGAGAAGCUCUGCGCGACCAUCGCGAAGUCGAUCAUGGAGCACCUGAACGGCCAGGACCUUGGGCGCUAUGCGAUGGAAGAAGAAGAAGAAGGAGAAGAACCGGACGAUGAGGACGAUGUGGAAGAUGAAGCCCAAGGAGAGGGACCUGGGGACUACGAGCCUUCUGAGACAGAGAAGAGAGCGGUCAUGAGAGUUCACAAGGCAGUGGGACAUCCACAGAACCGUGAGUUCAUCAGAUUUCUUCGGGCCAACAGCGGCGCCGAGAGCCUAUAUCAACCCAAUCGGGUUGGGGUGGAUCUUUUCUAUGCGCCGGCUCCAGGAGAUGGCAAACAGACCGUGCCGGUGCUGGAUUGGGGCACCAACUACCGGAUGUGUGAAGUCAUCAACGGAAAGAGUCCCGAUGAGGUAUGGGAUGCCUUCGCCAGAACCUGGACAAGGACAUUUGGAAGUCCGGAAGUGAUCACCUGCGACGCAGGGCGCGAGUUCUUGGGGGAGUUCAUCAAGAAGGCUGCCGCUGAGGGCAUCGUGGUCCACCAGAUUGCCACCAAGGCCCCAUGGCAACAGGGCAAGACAGAGCGGCAUGGAGGACAUUUCAAACAACUGCUGGACAAGGCCCGGAGUGAAGUGGUGGUGCAAGACCUUCGAGACCUCCGAAGGCUAAUGACGGAGGUGGAGCAGGCGAAGAACAGAUACUCCAACAGGUCGGGUUUUGCCCCAGUGCAACGCCAGAUUGGGCAAUGGCCCCGGCUACCUACAUCCAUCUUGUCGGAUGAGGCGGUGGACCCAACUUUAUACUGGAUGGGGUGCACCGACGACAUCGAGAAGCUCCACCACAUGAGGCGAAUAGCGCACAAGCCAUUUGUGAAUACAAUGCCCGUACUACCUUCAAGCGUGCCACGAAAGCCCGACCAAGAACAUGGACCGUUUAAAGUCUACAGGGUCCCACGACUGAAGAAGAGGAAGCAUGGUGGCAUUGUGGAUGACAGUGCAGCCUCCACCAAGGCCAGGUGGGUCGGGCCAGGAGUCGUGAUCACCCUGGAUGGAGCUAAUCUCUGGGUAUCCAUGAUGGGGGAGUUGUGGAAGGUUGCGAGAGAGCAAUGCAGACACGCGACCACAGACGAGAAGACUGGCAUUGAAGCAGUGCUGCAAGAGUGUCAGGAGCUCAUCGAGGAGUUUAAGAGAGGGUCACAUCGCACGGGCUACAAGGACAUCACCGAAGAGGAGCUUCCCCCGGACAAAGAAGAAGACCAUGGAGAACCGGCCCAAGGGAGGAGAUCUGCUUCAUUGCAGCCCAGGUUCUACGAGCCGGACGACAUGCAGGAGUACUCUCCAGAGUGGCCAGACCUGGAACCAGAAGCUCCAGAAGAAGGAGAAGAAGAGCUGGCGCUCAAAAGAAGGAAGUCCAUCAACGAGCCGGAGCAAGAAGAGGUGGAGUACCAGAGACUCCUACAAGGACACCGGCCGUUGGCGCCAUGGCUCCGACAAGCGGACUGGACCCUCAAGUACAAGAG